CCCGACCGGAAGUCUAGUGAUUUGCAUCAAGCCUGCUGCUCCUGAGAAUCUGCUGUGAGCCACAGUCAGCUGUAGAGACGCACGCUGUUUUAUUAUCAUGGCUCAGUCUGCAUACAGGAGACGUGCUUCUUCACUCGCUCAAUAACAAAACCUGGAGAUAAAAGUCUGGACUUGUUUUGGGGGAAAAACGUGACCCGUCGCCACCGUGCAGUUUGUUUGUCGACUGUCAGUCUGUCAUUAAAUUUGGGAUUAAAAUGGUCAUCAAGGUUUACAUCGCCUCCUCCUCAGCCUCUGUAGCGGUGAAGAAGCAUCAGCAGGCAGUCGUGGGUUUCCUCGAGGCCAAUCGAAUCAGCUUCCAGGAAGUAGACAUCACCAUGCUGGAGGAGCAGAGGCUGUGGAUGUACCGCAACAUCCCAAAAGACAAGCAGCCGGAGAAAGGCAACCCACUGCCUCCACAGAUCUUCAACGAGGAGCGCUACUGUGGGGACUAUGAAGACUUCUUCCAGUCAAAGGAGGACAACACUGUGUUUGCAUUCCUUGGGCUCAGCUCCCAGCCGUCAGUGAAAGACUCUGAGUCAUAGCCUGGGUCAAACUGCUGGUACACAAUGUCCAAGGAACCUUAAAACAUUUGGACAAACGCACUUCCUGUGUUCCUUCUGCUACCAUGCCAGCAUGUUGCCAAACUGCAGACGCGGCCCACAGAUGUCAAUGUGUACGACUUCUCCCGACUUUAAAAAAAAACAAACAUUCCACUGUCACCCGAGUCAACAAGAAGUGUGUGAUCUUCAGGAGACCGCAGUGACUUAAUCAGAGAAGAUUGUCUCCUUUAACUGUUCAACACAAACACUGCCAGUAGCAUCAUAUCUGUGCAAACUAGAAGACGUAUGUAGCGGCUUUUGUAUUAGUUGAUUUCGGUCAAACAAGUCACCUAGAGUAAAAACACACCUGCUUUUUUCUGUAUAUGUGUGUGCAUGCCUUAGUGUGUGUGUCUCAAUCAGCAGCUGUUAAUGAAGGCUGUGUUAAAACAGAGGACCCGAGAGGCAGCGCUUAAUGCAGCCUGCAACAACACGGGGCCCAGCCUUAUUGCCUGCGUGAGUGUAUUUGUAUGCUUACAUGUGUGGUAGGGAGUUUUCCCAGAGGUGACGUUGACACUGCAGUUCCUCACAAAGCAGAUGAGACCUUCCAAUCCUAAAACACAUGAGGCAGAAAGUCCCCAGCCUUCAUUUGGUUCCACGGUAAAACAAUAAAAUACUUUUGUGAGUUUCCACUGCCACUCUGGUUUCAUAAAAUGGUGAUUUAAUUGUUCUUCUACAUUUUUAUUAAUGUCUGCAAAUCCACAGAAAAGACCAAAACCACAUAUAUGCUUCUUUGUCUCUUAUGAUGUCAAAUUUGUAGAUCAAACUUAAAGUCCAAGCCAUUUUCUACCACAGGGAUGCACUACAGAUUUUUGAACAAAUGUAACUCAAACAAGAGUAAACAGCAUUUGUGCGGACUAUUUUAAGACAUGGGAUUUAAUCCACAGUUGGUGUAGCAGCAGGACUGUGUUUGCAGGAUUGCCUCAGAGUAAACAACAAGCUGGGGUUCUAUUAUAUUCAUGUGUUUAUGGACAACAGUGGAGCCCUGUGACACAGAGGAAUAAGAUUGAAGGUGUAUUCAUUGUUGGUCUUUUCAUGGGAUUUAUGAGAGCAUGAAAAAUAUAGAUUAUCACAGGUUUAAUUCUCUGAUGGAGACCUACACAUACGCACGGCUACAAUCGGGGUCAAAUGGGUACACACACACAGGAGAAGGAGCACACACUAAGGAUUAUUAUUCCAGCCUUAUAUGACAGAGCACAGGGUAGAAAUUAUACUUUAUUGCGUAGAGAUAAUCUAGAGAUGAAGCCUCCCCUGCUGUGCCUCUCUACUUGUAAUCAUGUCCUGAAGUCCCAGAGGCACAGAGAAGCUGAUUUGUGAGCAGACUGCUCUCUGUGUGUUUUACAUGUUAUGAUAUGAUUAUUCUUUGUCCUCUCUCAAAAACACCAGCAUUUAGUCUCUAAUCCUCAUAAAAUGAUCACGGGUUGCUUUACAAAUUCCUUUCUGCUUACACAUGAAGGACACAGAUAAACAGAUACGCUAACACUAGCCAUUCCUCCCUGAAGACCGUGCCAUCACGUUGAAGGAUGUGUCAUUUUCACUCACAGAGAACAUCACACUAAAUGUGUUUCUGUUGCUGUUGACAUUAACCACUGUCCUAUUCUGCUGAGUUGUAUCCUCAUUUAUUGUGAAAUCAUGUGAUGUCUAUGUUGUAAUUUUUGUGAAUGGACCCCUGCAAGCCCGUUGGACCGCAAACUGACUAAAUGUACUUUGUAACACCUCUGA